AAAGAACGUCACUCGUUUUCAGAGUGACAGCAGUAAAGGAUGCUAACGUAUACCUUGCUGAGAAUGACUCCGGAAGCAGCAAGGGAAACUACUACCGAUUCUGUAUGGGUUGUUGGUCAAAUUCAAAAUCUGUUAUCAUCGCUUCUGGUACUACCGUGGCUACGCACCAUGGUGCUUUAUUGAGCACUGUCUUUUAUAAUGCGUUUUGGAUUUCUUGGUCCGGUGGCUUAAUUCGAGCGGGGACAGGAGACACCGUCGGGAACAAUGUCAUUAUGAGCUAUUCAACUUCCAGUCCAUACGCGGUCAAAUACAUUCUUCUUCAGACAAAUCAUGGAGGGAGCCCAGGAGAUUGGAGAUUUAUUGCUUCAGAUUUCGAUUGUACACACGAGACGAAUAGCAAGGUAACCGUGCAGAAUAGCGUCACUUCCUGUAACGGAGUCAGUACAUACGCAUGUAACUCUGGAUACAAACAGGUCGCUGGAAACACACAGCGAACAUGUGGAUCAGGAAAAGUUUGGUCCGGACAUCCUUUAAUAUGCUCAGUAUCAACCUGCAAGAUUGAUAUUCUCUUCAUCAUUGAAGCCUCCUACUACACGUCAUCAAUAUACUCAGAAUUAGUUUCGGCAAUCGGCGACAUGGCGGGAAUUUUGAAAAUUUCAACGAAUGACAUACAAGUUGGCGUCAUCAGCUAUGACAACAGCGUGGAUAUUAAUAUAAAAUUCAAUGCAUACUCUUCUGCGUCAUCUCUAGACACUGCCAUUUCAUCCUUAACGAUACCCAGUGCUUCUUCCUCGAUGAAUUUUCAAGAAGCCUUGCGAAACGGAUUCAAUGACUUUUUUGUUUUAUCAAAUGGGAAUAGAUUUGAUGCUUAUAGAUACUUUGUAGUUUUUGCAAAGACUUAUUCCUCCAACGAUGGCGAUGAACUUGGAGAAGUUAUAAGACGAAAUGCCAAAAAUCAACUUUUUGCAAUCGGCGUCAACCCAUCCUCCUCAAUGAUCACCGACUUGAAACUGACAGUGGGGGAUGACAGCCGUUACUUCCAGGUGUCUUCGCCCUCCGGAUUACCUCCCCUUUACAACACGUUAUUAAGUUCGAUUGCUGUAUGUCCGACCACGCCUCACAGUCCUCGAAGUAUCAAUUGCAAAUUAGACAUUGUUUUUAUUAUUGAGCGCUACGGUCUGCGGUAUCUCAAAAGAUUUUUUGCUGGUCUUAUGGAUGACAUACAGGUCUCGUCCGACGGAAUCCGAGUAGGUUUUGUCAUUUACGAUUCAGUAGGAACUAAAAUUUUUGGACUUACGGAUUACACAACCUCAGAGGGUGUUCGAGGAGCCAUUGAAGCAAUUCCUACAGCCGAUAGCUCAUACCACUAUUUAGACAAAGGUUUGCAGGAGGCACAAGACAACGUUUUCACGGCAGCUGGAGGUGAUCGACCUGACGCAAGCAAUUACUACGUUUUUCAAAUAGGGCCCUUCUACAGAAAUACGGAUGCAGUAGCAAGAGAUAUCAGAAGCAGUGGAAAUAAUUUCAUAUUUGGCGUUCAUAUUGGUACUUCGUACGCCUCAGAGUACAAGGCAACGGUAGAUUCUUGUGGAGAUUACUCCAAAUACACGAACGUUAACUAUUAUAACUAUAUAGACAAUAUCAGGGAACAGCUUCUCGGAAAUCUGACUUCGUGUCACAGCAUUACAACAACAACUCCAGGCUGUAAACUGGACAUAGCUUUCAUCAUUGACGACACUACUGCAGUUAGUACCUCAGAGUUCACAGACAUGAAAAGUUUUUUAAAGAGUCUUGUCACUCGUUUGGUGGUCAGCGACACGGCAGUAAGAAUAGGAGUCGUGACUUUUGGUGACGCAGCAGAAACUGCUUUCCCACUAAACCAGUACUCCACUGCCGAUGACGUCAUUACUGGUAUCGCCAAUAUUAACCGAGGAAGUGGAUCGUAUGGUAGAACUUACCGCUACGUGGAUAGAGCACUGGAAUACACACUAACUAAAUUUUUUACCAAGGCAAACGGUGAUCGUUACGACGCUGCUGACUAUUACGUUGUCAUUACACAUAGCUAUUCCUAUGGACUGAAGGCGACGACUUAUGGAUCAGCAUUACGUGCGAUAGCUUCAACUGUUUCUGACAUUUUUAUUGUCGGUGUGUCUAUUACGUCAUCAUCUUAUGACGCUGACUAUCAAGGAGCAGUCAGCGACAACAAAAAAUACAUGGAGGCAACAAACUUCAUAAAUCUCGAGUGUAUCACCGAUAUGGUUGUGUCCAACAUCACCCAGUGUCCACAAUCGAUAAGCACUCCUAGUCCUGUGUCACCGGCUUGCAAGUUAGAUAUAGUGUUUAUCCUGGAAACUUCGACAUACUCCAAAGAUGAAAAGUAUCUAUACCUGAAGAGCUUCUUUUCCAAACUAGCACAACAAAUCAGCGUAUCAUCUGACACAGUCCGUAUCGGUGCCAUCACAUACAACAGGGGAGGAUACAUGGCCUUUGAUCUUCAGACGUACACGACCAGUGAUGACGUCAGUCAUGCUAUACUGAAGAUUCCAGAUUCCACGGAAAAUAGAUUUCUUAUAGACGGUGCCCUGUCGUACGCCAGAUCUACUUUCUUCACUGCCGCUAAUGGAGAUCGCGAGGACGCAGCUAAUUACUAUGUUUUCACCAUAGGUGGAAUUAGAAGCGGUGCGGCAAAACAAGGAGCACUGAUUGCAGAAAACUGGCCGGACACGGUGUUUGCCAUUGAUAUUAACAGUGGAUACGCCGCGGAGUAUGAAAACACAGCUGGUGACAGCAGCCGGUACUUUUAUGCUUCUUCCUAUGAGGACCUGUCAACCAUUGAAUCAUCCGUCCUGUCGGCCAUCAGUGGUUGUCCAGUUCCCACCACCACCACCACGACUACUACCCAGAAAGGCGUCACAACCACAGUGGACGCCUCUCUACAAAACGCCGAUGUCUCUGCCCCAUGUCCAAACAGUUUGUUGUAUCUUUAUCCUGAAGAUUUAACAGCAAACAGUGACGGAGAAAACGGAAAGAUGUACAUUAUGACGGACUUCGUAUUUGCUGCAAGCAGCUGCGCUAGAAUCACUUCUUGGGAAUUUUCCCACUCCAAAUCAGGAUGGAUCGAUUUCAUUGUAUGGAGACCAUCGGGAAGCAAGUAUAAGCUAGUGGCUUACAACAGCAUUUAUGUGGAAGGUGAGAACACGACAACAUAUACCGUUGUUGAAUACGAACGAAUUGCUGUUCUUGAAGAUGACGUCAUCGGAUGGCGCUGUGAAGGUGAUAAUGUAAUCACAAAUGGUGACUGCCUAGGGCCAUGCGCAGAAGGUUAUAAAGCGUCGGCCGGAAGUAUAGAUAAAGGAGACGAGUUUGAUUGGACGAAUUUGGGUACUGCCAUAGCUGGAACUGCUUAUGCCAUAAAAGCGUGUAUGGAAGACAACACAGUGAUUUCGUUUCCAAACCCUACGUACACGGCGAAGAUUCCUGACCACUUAGCUGUUGGUUCCUUUGUUGUUGUGUUAGAGGUAGAGGGCGUGGACUACACUGAAAACGUCACUUUUACUGCCAUGGAACACCCCUCCUAUACGUUCGCCUUGCCAUAUUUCACUGUCGACCAAUCAGGUCAAAUAACGAUAGCAAAAAAGUUAAUGAAAGCUAAUAUUACCAAGGAUUUUGCUAUACUUGUGGAGGCGAAGGAUUCCUGUGAGCACAGUGCGACAGCAACAGUUUUCAUAGAAACACAAAAUAUGCCUCCAGAAAUACUCGGAUUGCCGAAUUCAAUAUCUAUAGAGGAGGAUACCAAUGCAGAUAAAGUUCUGUACUCUACUGAUGUCGUAGAUCCCACUGGGGAUGACGUCUGUUGCACGUUAGAGGGUGUGUCACCACAAACACUAAACUUUAACAUCACGGGGACUGGAAGUGGGUAUCAGGCCAUUUAUUCCGUUAUAACCAGUUCCAAACCUUCGUUUUCUUACAAAGACUUCAAUUCUUACAUAGUGAGAGUUUGUUGUGAUGACAUGGAGGAUAAGUCUACCGGAGUAUUAAUUGUUAAUAUCAAAAAGCCCGUCAAAGAUAGUACUUAUAAACCCCCGGAUUGGUUUGUUCUAUCUGUGGGCAUAUCCUGCAUCCCCAUUUUUCUGAUGGCAAUUUUGGCUUGUGUGGUUUUGGUACAGACGCUUUUCGCCUUGGAGUGAUUACACCAAUUGACCGUUUGACAUGCGGCAUUUGUCAUUAAUAAAUGAAAUAAACUUGGAUGCGGUUGGAAUAUUUUUUUUAUGAACUUUUGUUUAUAAAUAUUCACUAUGAAAUCUGUGAUUGAAGAACUCUGAAAUGUGUCGAUAGAAAGUUCAAACCAAUUCAUUCAGGAAAGGAUAAGUAUGAGAACCUUUCAUAUGAUAUGACGUAAGCGAGAUCAACAAUAAUCUACACGCUUUUAGUCCUUAACUCCAUUAGUGUGAAGACAAGUCAUCUAAUCUGGUUCCAUUACUUAAUGUUUAAUCAAUACCACAAAUCUGGUUAUCUGUAUUGUGCAUGUAUAUAAAUUUUCAGCAAUUUUGCGGGUCUAUCAAAUGCGCAAAAUCUUUAGAAAAAAUACACAUCUUGUCUUUUUACCAGCAGGGCACUGUUCUGUUACACAUGCGUAAUUCUGAAGCAGUUGAACCUAAACUUGUAAACAUUAAUCUAUGGUAUAUGUUCUGUCUUAACAAGUAGUUUCUUUGGAAUUGACAUUAAAAUAGUGAAAUCGAAAAUAUGUGAAAACAUAGAUCCAAGGGGCCGUGUUUACCCAACUCUGUAUUCUCUAUUGCUUGUAGGAGCAAUGAGAAUGAUCACUGUCAAGAAGCUAAAAAUAAGCAGGAGGGAGUGGAUCUAAAACUGUACACAGUAUAGUGUAAUUAGAUAAUUAUAAGCUAUUUAAUUAAGAACAUACACUGUCCAUGCCAAACAGAUACACAUAAUAUAUUGCUGUAUGAUGGGGUAUCAGGUACAAAAAUCUGUAGAAAUGUCCUUUUUUGGUAAAUACAUCGCUAUCUUGACGUCGAUAGAACUUGGGUAAAACUUCAAGAAAUCCUAGGUUCGACAUAGCGAGUUUUCCUUUUAAAGAUAAACUUUUUAGCUCACCUGAGCCGAAGGCUCAAGUGAGCUUUUCUAAUCAAAAUUUGUCUGUCGUCAUCGGCGUCGUCGUAAACUUUUCACAUUUUCAUCUUCUCAAGAACCACUGGGCCAAUUAUAACCAAACUUGGUCAAAAACAUGAGCCAGAAGAGCUGAGAUUUACAUGAAAGCUUCCUGACAUAGUGCAGGUUCAAGUUUAUAAAAAUCAUGGCCUCCAGGGGUAAGUUGGUGCCAGAAUACGGACUAAGGUUUUACAUGCAAAUAUAUAUGGAAAGUCUUCAGAUAUGGGCCAAGGUAAUUCAGGUGAGCAAUGUUGCCCUUGGGCCUCUUGUUACAUGUAGUCAUGGGAGCGGGUGAUAACAUUGAUCGUUGUAUGAACUUCUGUUUGUCAUCUCUUCUAUAUGUUGAGCAAUAAAAACUGUAA